AUGAGUGUUCGGGUCGUCGCGCGGGUUCGACCCCUCCUCAAGUCUGAACGAGAGCUUGAUAUUAUUCUUCGCACCGGAUCCUCGGCUGGAACGACCGAUGGCAAGUCCCAGCAAUCCCUGAAUAGCGACCGUAAGCUGGCCGCGUUGAGGGAUAGGGAUAACGUCGUGCGGAUUCCUAACCCAAAGAAUGAGGGCGAGGAAUACACUUUUCAAUUCAAUGCUGUCUACGAUGCCGAUGUGGCCCAGCAGGAGCUAUUCGAUGCCGAGGUUGCACCCACCAUCAAGCAUCUCUUCAAUGGAUUCGAUGUCACUCUUUUCGCUUACGGUGUCACUGGAACCGGGAAAACACACACAAUGCGCGGCGGUAAAAGCCUUGCGGAACGAGGCGUUAUUCCCCGACUCCUGAGCGGAAUUUAUAGACGGAGUCGCAAGAUGGAAAAGGACAGCAAUGGGGAGACGACCGUCCAGGUAUCGUUAAGUUACUACGAGAUCUACAACGACAAGGUCUACGAUCUGUUCGAGCCUCCAGAGAAGCGCACCUUGGCUGGACUGCCUCUGCGGGACAAUGGGGGCAAGACUGUUGUUUGUGGACUUACCGAAAAGCCCUGCACGAGCCUCAAGGAGUUUGAAGGGCUGUACGACCAGGCUAACACCAACCGAUCUACCUCUGCAACAAAGCUCAAUGCUCAUUCGUCACGGUCUCAUGCUAUCCUGGGAGUGAAGAUCACCGUAAUUACACCAGAGAAGACUCGUAUCAGUACUGCUUCGGCAAUUGACCUGGCAGGCUCGGAAGACAACCGACGAACGGAGAAUGACAAGGAACGCAUGGUGGAGUCGGCCAGUAUCAACAAGAGCCUAUUCGUUCUAGCGCAGUGUGUGGAGGCGAUCACGAAAAAGCAGCACCGAAUCCCAUAUCGCGAGUCCAAAAUGACUCGAAUAUUGUCAUUGGGUCAAAAUAAUGGUUUAACGGUCAUGAUUCUCAACCUUGCCCCUGUCCGCUCAUACCAUCUGGACACCAUAAGCUCCCUGAACGUCGCCAACCGCACCAGGAAAAUCGAGGUACGAGAGAUCGAAAAUGAUCCUAUCUUCAAGGGCCCUGCACGGCCCGCGGUUCGGCCAUCAUUGGCGGCAUCUCGGCAGCCUCUGCGUCCUCUCACUGCUUCUGUGAAUGUCAACAUGUCGGCACCUGCGGUCAAGGACCCGGCCAAUAAGGACGAUAAGCCGCUGAAGGCAUUCACGAACUUCUCUUUCCUCAGACUCGCAUCCCAUCCGGACAUUGAAGCCCCCCGGCAAAUCCUCGCUUCCACACAACCUCUUUCCGGAUAUGGCGAUCUCUCUGCCGCGAAGAUUGAGGAGAUGGUUGAGAAGAAGGUUGAGGAAAUACUCGCUGUCCGGGCUGUCAGCGAGCAGUCACGGCAGACGCAGGUCCGCGAGCUCAAUGAGCAGGUCCAGCGUCGACUGGAGCUUCUGGAACAGCGCAUCGAGGGCACGGAGGAUGCUCGCGCGGAGGGUCUGUCUUAUCUCCUCAUGGCCAAGCAGCACCAAGCCCGUGGUGAAAAUAGCUCCGCGCUGAGAAUGUAUCAAUUGGCGCUGCCGCAUUUCCCGCACAACGAGAAGCUGGUAGCCAAGAUUGCUGCUCUGAAAGACCGUAUCCAGGGCAAAUCUCACCCGCGUCAGUCCGUUGCUCCCACGUCUCCGCCUGCCAAGGGGCGCUUCGGUAGCAUGCUGUCUCUGAAGAAGGAGCCGACUAUGACCUCGGGGAAGCGUCAAGCCGAGGAUAUGGAUGAGGAGUAUAUAAAUCAGCCUGGUGCGGAUGGGUUCUCCAGCGAUGAGGAUAGCUUCCUCCCCCGGCAGAAGAAGCGCGCCACCUCCAAGUCUGUUCGUCAGAGUGAUGGUGAUCUCAGCGCUCUAGAUGAUUUUGAGGACCCUACCGUCUCGCCACGGACCAUUCACCUCCUCUCCAUCAUCAACUCACGCGAUGUCAGCCAAAUCAAGCUUCUCAAAGGUGUGGGUGCCAAGAAGGCCGAAGCUAUUGUUGACUGCCUUUGUGAGAUGGACCAGGCGUCGUUGAGCACCGAACACCAUGAAAUGACAUUGGACCAGCCGCAGUUCCAAGUGAGCAGCCUGGCGGAGCUGAGCACGUUGAAGGGGUUGGUGUUCGUACGGUUGAGAACAUGCGCAAUGGUGUCUUGGUCUGAUUAG